AGUAAGGUUUGAAAGUGUCUGUAUGUGUUGUUCAUCCUCUCCGUGUCUGCCGGUCAUGAGAACAGAGACGUGAAAAUGGAGAUAAUUGACGCUGUCCAGGUUUUUGUCAGAUCACUGCUGUUUCUGCUGCUGUGCUCACACUGCGAGGGGCGAGAGUCCGAGCAAAACUACGUGACCUGCGGCUCACUGGUCAAACUGCUCAACACAAGACACAACGUCCGCCUGCAUUCCCACGAUGUCAAAUAUGGCUCAGGCAGUGGACAGCAGUCUGUGACUGGAGUGGAGAACGCAGACGAUGCCAACAGUUAUUGGCAGAUUCGUGGGAAGCCCGACCGUCCGUGUCAGCGUGGGGCAGCCAUCAAGUGCGGUCAGGCCAUCCGCAUCACACACAUGAAGACCGGCCGAAACCUCCACACACACCACUUCAGCUCACCCCUGUCUAAUAACCAGGAGGUCAGCGCCUUCGGAGAGAACGGCGAGGGUGACGACCUGGACGUGUGGACGGUUCAGUGCGACAGCGUCCACUGGGAGCGUGACGAGGCCGUGCGCUUCAAACACCUGGGCACCAGCGUCUUCCUGAGCGUGACAGGCGAGCAGUACGGCCACCCCAUCCGCGGCCAGCGGGAGGUGCACGGCAUGAGCUCUUCCAACCAGCACAACUGGUGGCGUGCCAUGGAGGGCGUCUUCAUUCAGCCCAGCCAGGAGCUGGUGCGCCACGAUGAGCUCUGACGUCAGCACCGGGGCACACAAAGCACUGGAUGUGGUGCGCAGUCUGCGGAUUCCUGUUGCUGUGGUGGUUUUAUAGCUCGACUGGACCAAACGUUGUGGUGUGUGAAUGAUGUAGAAUAUUUGACUGACGACUCGUCUCUGUACAUGUGAAACUCUCAGGGUGUUCCUGAGACGAGGGGGGGAAAAUGUCAUUUUCCUAACAGUUUGAAGACGGUUAUUGGUUAUUGACACUGUAUGUAGUGUAGCCCUAUAGGCUACAUACAGAUGGGUGACAAAUUAAAGGGAAACUGAAUAAAUGAGUGCAAAUUAUAAUAAAUGCAGAUGCCUCCAUACAGGGAGCAAAGGAGGGUGAACAUUAGCCGUAUGUUAGCUCUGUGUUCAGAUGGAGUUUUUCUUCUUGUCUCCAGUGUGGAAGGUUUUUGAUUUGAAAUGUUCUCAGCUAAGUUAUGUUGCAGUUGGUGGAGACAGUGAUCGUAUUUGUACAGUGUCCCAGGUGAACACUUUCAACACGGUUCCUUUGAAAGCCUCAAAGCUUCACCAACCCCUCACUCAGUGACCUUCACACCUAUGGGAGAUUUUGGAUUCAUGUGUCAGACAGCGCUCUCCACCACCAUCAGAACACCAAAGGAGAGAAUAUCUUUGGGUGUGAUGGUGUUCGUCCUCCAGUCGAGUCCAGAGACUUGAAGAAUCUACGACAAUGAAGCUGUUUUGGAGGCUCAGUGUGGAACAGCACCGUACAGAGACACUUUAUGUUAGUGUUUCCGUUCAUUUGUCACCCAUCUGUGCUCUUCUUCAGUUUCCUCCUCAGAGAAUUACACAAAGGAGAAGAUCAAGGCAGGACUCACUGACUAAAACUACCACCCUGAAAUCUGAAGUGUUGAGAGGCCCUGUCAAAUAAAACCUAUAUAUAUAUACAGUGUAUAUGUGUGUGUGUGUAUACACAUACACACACACAUAUAUACACACAAAGUGAGCCCACAGCACAGUACAGUACCUACUCCGCCCCCUACCCAUAUACUUCUCUAUACUUAUAUACUACAUUAGUCUAGAUAGCAUCAAAGCUGUAAGACAAGCUCGGGGAUCAUGGGACACAGAGAUCCACCCACAAGCAGAAACCGGUUGGUCCGUUUUUUUAUUUUGCUCUCCUGCCUGUAAACCACUCUGAGGGACAUCUGUGUUUAUGUUUCUAGGUCUUUUUAAGGUUGAUGCCUGCCACAUGAAAAAUAAACUCAAAUAUUUCUGUG